AUGGGAAGCGCGAUAAACACCUUGGCCUUUCCGGCGCCGCAUUUGGGCAAAGCAUUUUACCAGGAUGAGCUCCUGCGAAGGCCCGAUUUAGUGUUUCUGAAAACGGACGAGGAUGAGUCCAUCCCAGCUUGUCACGUCAGGGCACAGCGAAGCAGUUUCGGGUUUCUGUCCACGCCUCCGGCGACGAUACUGUAUAGCCACGGAAAUGCCGAGGACAUUGGCCUACACCUCGACUACAUUGAUGCAUUGGCAGAAUACACGGGUGCAGAUGUGUUCAGCUACGAAUACGUUGGCUACUCACUUUCCCGGCUUGCCGGCCAGACCCCAUCUGAGGCCGGAUGCAUACGAAGCAUCGAUGCAGCGUGGCGGUACCUCGUAGAUGAGCAGAAGAUUCAUCCGAGACGGAUUGUGAUCUUUGGCCGGUCGAUUGGUUCCGGCCCGAGCGUAGACUUGGCCUCCAGAAGCCAAGUGCAGGACACAGAGUUCUCACCCUUGGACGCAGCAGGGGUGAUCCUUCAAUCUCCGCUGGAGAGCGGUGCCUGUGUCGUGUUGGGCGGCACUGCUGCUACUCUGGGCUACUAUUUGGACAUCUUCCGAAAUUAUGAGAAGAUCGGGAACAUCAAAGCUCCGGUCGCCAUCAUGCAUGGGACUGAUGAUGAAGUGGUUCCCUUCUCCAACGGCCAGGCUGGACCCGCGCCUGAAACAAAAGCCCGUAGCAAACAACCAAGAGAGUUCCGCGUUUCCAUCUUCAACAUGCUUGAGCUCGACCGUUGCACGAGACACGGGCUUGCAGAACUCGGUGAACUGUGUCAUCGCCCCCCGCAGAUAUCGGUGCAGUCAUGGCCGGCCCAGUUGCCUCGGAUGUGGAGCUCCUGCUGGAGGAGGAGGAUCGCCCUGCACGCAGCCCAUUCACCUUCCCGCGUCGUGCGGCCUUGGCUCUGGGCUGCGUUGGUUUGGUCACCGUGGGCAUCCUGGCACGUGGUGGCGCCCGCGGAUUGCGCAGCAAGUCGGGUGCAUUCGUCAUGCUGGAAGCCAACACCGACGAUUGCUAUGAGGCUUCCACUUACUACAGCAGUCCCACGAGGAUGGCUGGAAGUGAGAGGACCGUCGAGCUGA